CACCUGCACCGACGGCAUCGAAACCUUCAACCCAGGCGCGGGUGGCGUGAGCUCUUCCAGUACCUACGGCGUGGCCUUUGACGAUGACGACAAUGCCUAUUAUGCUUCCUAUGGCUCCAAGUCGGUGUUGAAGGUCACCCCUGCCGGCGAGGUGUCUGUGUUCAGGGAGGGGUUUGUCAACUCCGUCAACGGCAUCGCGCGCGACCCCACCACUGGCAACUUCUGGGUGGGAGGGUUUGGCACCGGCACGGCAAACCUGCUGCUGCUGAGCCCCACCGGCGCCAACCUUUCCACCUUCGACAUGCCGGGCACCAACCGCGCCAUGGCCUCCCGCGUGGACUCCUCCGGCGCCGUAUACUACGCCAUGUCAGAGCCCUCUGGCAACAAUUAUUCCAUCCGCAAGCGCAGUCAAGCAG